AUGGCGCCCCGCGAAGACCUCGUUGCGUCGGCGGUGACCUUCCUUCAAGAUCCAUCCGUCGCCUCUGCUCCCCUCGAGAAGCGGAUCGAGUUCCUCAAAUCCAAGAAUCUCACACAAGAAGAGAUCUCUCUGUCCCUUGCCCGUGCCGGCGGUGAUGCAGCUGCCGCCAGCUCAACUGCAUCGCCCCAAAAUGCAGCACCCUACUACCCUCCUCCUCCGAAUGCCUACAAUAAUGCCCGAGGUCCUCCGGGUCCAAGAUAUCCCUACCCCUACAACCCAUACGGAGACUGGCAACCUCCACCGCCCCCGGAGCCACCAAAACGAGACUGGAGAGACUGGUUCAUCAUGGCCACCGUUGUUGGUGGUGCAGGAUACGGCAUGUACGUUCUUGCUCAGAGAUACAUCAAACCGUUAAUAGCGCCGCCCACGCCUCCGCAACUCGAACAGGAUAAAGCCGCCAUUGACGAGCAAUUCAACAAGGCCUUUGCGCUGCUUGACACCUUAUCCUCCGACACGGCUGCGCUGAAACAGGCCGAAGAAGCCCGAACCCAGAGACUGGACAGCGCCAUUACGGACAUUGAAGAGAUUGUCGCAGAGCUGAAGGCGGCGAAUCAGAAGCGAGAAGACGAUGCGCGACGGAUGGAAUCCGAAAUCAAGACCAUGAAAGACAGUCUGCCUCGCUCCAUUGAUAACGUGCGAGACGCGAGCGAGAGACAGUUGAAAGAAUUGAGCAGCGAGCUGAGCAGUCUGAAAGUCCUCAUGGGAAAUCGCAUGGGUAGCGGUUCUGGAGUCUUCAACAUCCCACGCACGCAGCCAGCGACCAUGCCAGGCUCAACUUCUGCCUCGACGUCCAACACCGCCGUAGGAACCCCUUCAGCUGAGAAUGCCCCGGGUGCUAGUGGUGUGAACGUUCCGAGGCCAACGCCGGCGUCCACGAACUCAACUCCACAACUUCCUACUUCUAACCCAACUCCAGCUGCGACAUCCUUGGGCAGACCAGCAACUGGCAACAAAGCUUCCAUUCCGGCCUGGCAAAUGGCGGCGGCACUCAAGGCGGCAAACAAUAAUCCAAGCCCAGCGGCCGCGACUCACGGGGCUAAUGUACCGGUGGCUAAUGGUGCAUCUUCGGGAUCAUCUUCUCAGCAGCAGCAGCAGCAGCAGCAGCAGCAGCCGCAGCCGCAGCCGCAGCCGCAGCCUGACGGCGCAGAGGCCGUCGCUGCGCUUAAUGCCAGUUAA